GGCUACGGCUACGGCUACGGCUACGGCUACGGCUACGGCUACGGCUACGGCUACGGCUGCACCUACGGCUGCACCCGGGGCUCGGGCUAGACCCGGGGCCAGGGCGAGCUCCCCUGUGCGCGUCCGAUACCGCCCGGUGAUACUGCCCUUUGCCGAGGCAUUAAAAGCGUGGACGUUCCCAGCUCCUGCUUGUGGGAAGCAGCGGUGCCCCUGACACCCUGGGGAAGCGGUGGGGGGACGGCAAAGGCAAAGCAAUAUAUUUACAUGUAUGGCUUUCGGCAGGAGAAGUGCAGGUUUUGAUUCACGAAGCAUAGGAAGCUCUGAGAGACCCGCCAGGACGCUUUCGUGUGUAAUCUGUACUAGGUGAUCUUCAGAUGGUCUCCCGAGGUCUCUUCCAUCUUUAGCAAAUGUGUGGCUGGGCACGCGUCACGAGGCUGUAAAACAGCACUGCAGGGUGGCAGGGGCCGUUCCGUGUUCCUGGGGCCGAGCAUGUUCAACUGCAAUACUAAUACCUGCAGCGGUUUUGUGGUGCAUGAUCCGCGCCCCGGCUUUUCCCAGACUGCGUCUUACAUGUGCCACCUCACUUGGAAAUAUUUCUAGUUGCUUCACAUGGCACUGUGCCGUGAAACAUGAAUGUGAACCUCAAAACAGGAAGUGCUGAUGAAAAGUUUUCCGAAGAACUCCACCCAAAGUAGUUGUUGUUGGCUUUUCUUAACAAGGAUAUUGCUUUAACAACUGACAUGAGUAUCAAUAAAGGAACUUUUUCUCCAGAAAUCUGUUUUAUACAGAAAUUUGGUGACCACACAUAUUAUCAUAAGGCAGAACAGACAAACCCAGUACUACAAGGGGCAUACACAUCUGACCAGUCUCAAUCCCUACUGAAGGAUUGGAUAAACCAUUCAUCACCUACACCUCAUUUUUCAUUAAAUUCUGCAGCAGAGGAACAGCAAAAUGAUUCUGUAGAUAUCAAAUUGAAUGGAUUUCAAAAGGAUUCAGAAGAAGAGAUAUCACGAAAAUUAAGUAAUGAAGAUUGCUGUCCAGAAAUAAGCCUCUGUCUGCAUGAUCCUGUGGAAGACAUAAUAACAGUUCAAGAGGAACAGACACCAGAAGAUACAAUUCGACAUGUUUUAGAUAAUUGCCACAGCACCUGCAUGACCAUUAUUGACACAGAUAACACAGUAAAAGAGCAUUCCUUUAAUAGUGAUACAGAUCUUUCACUGUCAUCCCUAGGGAAGAUUUUCAUGGAUGUAUUCACUGAACUGAAUAUAGAGACUAGUGAAGUUGACAUCAGUGAUUUGUUGAGAUACCCUAGUGAUUCUGAGAGUCUUAAAGUUAAAAGCCCAUUGCCUGACAAGUUAGAGUGUCAGGGUCAUGCCUGUUCCGUCGAUCCAUCAGCAGCUGAGAGCAAUGAUGCCCUGCCAGUAGAGCUUGUGGUGCCUCUGAAUGCCUUGUCAGGAUCAGUGGUACAACCUGCCAUUCCUCUGGUGCCAAAUGAGAGACAGCUCAAUGCCAAGGAAGAGCAGCUAAAUUCAGAAACCAGUGUUCUGCAGGUAGAUGAUGACUGUACUCAAAUAACAAAUGUGAUGGAGCCUCGACUUGCAGCAAUUCAGGUGGAAGAAAUAAAUGCCUUCACAGGAUCUAACUUGCAGAGCACAACAAAUGAGCAACCUGUGGGUGGUCAGCAGAGAGAGGAAGAAGUAAUGUCAGAUUGCUUGGGUGCCGCCUUUACUGAAAAGCAAACUGGUGAGGGACAUUCAUAUUCAGUGGAGCCUGCAGCAUGUGCAGAAACAGCCCAAACAAUUGUUUCCUCUCAUCACCAAAUUCUAGAAGAAACAGCAAGAAUGGCUCACAGUGGCAGUAUAAAAAGAAAUGAAGCUAAGCCUGUUAGUAAAAUUCAGAAAUCUGCUUCUGAAGACAAGCAGGAUCUAGAAGCCAUCAUAUGGCAAGAAAUCAUUCUGAACGAGUAUGCAGAAGCUAAUCAGAGAAGGAGCAAGAGAAUUGACAACAAACGGAAACGAGAAGCCUUUGUUAGGAAUUCCGUAAAUCCGGCUCGGCCGCUUUCACUUUCCACGAUCCACAGGAGGAAUGCGUAUGGUGAGAACUUACUACAUAGAGCUGUUAUUCACCAAGACAUAAACCUCGUACGUAGGAUAAUAAAAGCCGGUGGAAAUGUAAAUGCUCAGGAUUAUGCUGGCUUGACUGCGCUACAUAUAGCAAGUGUGGAAGGCUUUUAUGGGAUAGCAAAUCUGCUUUUGAAAGCAGGAGCUGAUGUUAAUGCUACACAAAAGGACCAAAUAACACCCUUGCAAGAUGCAGUUAAGGAAGGCCAUUAUGAGGUGGCAAACUUACUACUUUGGUAUGGAGCUGAUCCCUUAUUAAAAAAUCAGAUGGGAAAGUGUGCAUUAGAAGAAGCUUCUGACCCAUCUAUGAUGAAACUUCUUGAAAGUUAUGUGGCAAAAUCCAGAAGAUACUCAGUAGCAGGUGGAGAUGAUUCAAAGAACAUGUUAAAUACUCAGUGUGUAGAAGAUACAAACCAGCACCAGAUUUCCUUACAGACAAAGGAGUCAGAACCAGCAUGUGCAAAUCCUCAGGAGACAAGCCAAAAAGCAAAGGCAGCCUCAUAUUCCAGUAGCACCAAUAAGAAGCUUUCAUCUAAUCAAUCACAAUUGAGUCAAGCAUCAAAACAGAAAGCAUCUAAGAAGUCAGAAUCAGAAAAAUCUACCAGAGAAGCAGCUAUAAUUGUACCUGGUACCUGUAAGACAGGAGCUGGGAGAAAGAUGAAAAUUAGGAGAAAUGGAAAAGGGGAAACUCAGCUGCAUAUUGCUGCUAAGAGAGGAGAUGUGUCUUUGGUGAAGACUCUAAUAUCAUCUGGAAUUUCUGUCAAUGAACAGGACUAUGCAGGUUGGACAGCAAUUCAUGAAGCCUCUAAUGGAGGAUUUACUGAUGUGAUCUUAGAAUUACUGAAAGCAGGUGCUGAUGUUAACAGCAGAAGUCUCUGUGGUGUUUUACCAAUACACGAUGCUGUUUUGGGCAAUUAUUUGGAGGCAGCCAGGAUUCUGCUGCAGCAUGGAGCAAAUCCCAAUGAGAGGGAUGGUUCAGGAGAAAGUGCUUUGAAUCAAGCUUGUGAUGAAGAAAUGAAAGAACUGUUGAAGUCGUAUGGUGCUACAGACUCUGUACUUCCUGUUCAAACUGUUGAAGUUGCUGAGGAAAAAUCAAAACAUCAUUGUAAUGACUGCUAUAAAAAUGAUGAUGCAGCUUUGGAGACACAAUAUGAGAAAUACAGUGUGUCUGUUGCUGCCAUAAAGGAUACAGAAAAGAAGCAGGAAGAACUGUUGCUGUUUGAGUUGAGAACUUCAAAAGAUGCAGAUGUGUAUAUCCAAAGGCUGUCUCAGAUACAAGACACUUUGAAUGAAGUACUUGCAAACCAGAAAACAGAGAGGGAUACCCUUGCUAAAAAAUACAGGGCUUCAGUGGAAUCAUUUAAAAAAGGUGCACUAAGGAAACAAUUAGUUAACCUUGCUUCUAGUCAAAAGAGCCUGUUGACUGUUGUCCAAAACCAGGAAAAAUUAGUACAGAAAUUAAAAAAUUACAGAAAAACAAAGAAAGUGUUCAAUUCAUCAUCAGAGAAGCAAAUCUCAAACUUAGUUACUUUUCAUGGAAGUGAUACAAGCCAAAGUUUAACUGCUAAUGAAAUAAUGUGUCCUAAUACAGUAACAUUUAGUAUGGGGCUUGGUGCCAGCAAGCCUAAUGGAAACAGAGUAGAAGCACAUGUCUCUUUAGGAAAUAGAUUUCCAGCUCAGGAAUGCAUUCAGCAUCCACACAUCUGCUUGGAUGAAACAGGAGCAAAUAAAGAAGCAAUUACAAGCAAGGAGGCUUCUGAUCAUGCUUUGGCAUCUGGAAACGGAGUAAGAGAAUAUGCCUUUGACAACAUGUCAAAGCUGACAAAUGCUGCAGAAGUGAUGACAUUGCCUUCAGAACCUACUAUUUCCACUGCUAAAACAAAGUGUUCCCAGCCAAAAGACAUUGAUUGUGUAGCAAUUGUAGGACAAAGAAACAGGUCUUUAAAUUGCACUUCAAUGACCAACACAUUAAAUACUGUAGAAUCCCAAAGCACUGUUGUCAGUAAGAAUGUCUAUCAGACAACCAGUCACUGCGAGCAGAUUCUUUCACAUGAGGAUCUGCACAGAUAUGUGAAUAAGAAAGAAGCUUUCCAGCAGCAACGGCAGCCGCAGCAAGAAAUUUUAGUAGCAUCUACAAAGAGCUUCUGUAAUACUUUGCAGCAAAUGGUCUUUCAGAGUAGUGAGAAUUCAUUUAAUGCCAACCUGAUACUUACUAAUAUUUCCUCAAAUACAGACCCUCCAGCAAAUAUCAGUGAGAAAUCUUCACAGAGUUAUGGUAAUCAGGAAUGGGAAGAAAACCAAGUGAGAUAUGGAUUGAGGAGUAAGAAAAAGAAUCAGUUAAUAGAUCUACUUGAAUUGGGAAGAAUAAAGCCCGGAGAAAAUGUUUUAGAAUUCAAACUGCAGGAAUUUAGUCAUAAAGCUACACUCUUGAAGAAUGGCAAGAUCAGAACCAAUAAAGGACAAAUACUACAGAAUCCAGUUCAGUGGGUUAAAGAUAUACUAGGAAGUGAUAUUUCUGUGACAUGGAAGUAUGCGUGGAAUAAGGUUACAUAUCUCGGGACAGAAUUGUCAAAAUUUAGUGUUGGUGAAACGUCAGUUUCCAGCGACCUGGAGUUACCAACACAGAAAGGAAAUCCUUUGGGAAAGAAUCUUAUCACAAGGAACCACCAGCACUAUCAGAAUCCUGGUAGUGGCUCCAUUGCUCAGCCUCUUGGAAGCUUUGACCUGAGUAAUAUGGAGCCAAACACCACAUCCCUGCCACAAACAUAAGUUGUGAGGCUGUGUGCUGAAGUAGAAGCAGCUGUUGCCAGGGAAUUUAUGAGCUCUUCUGUCCAGUUCAACUCAGUGGAAAGCCUGACACAUUUUCUUCAAUUCCAUGAGAUAGUAAUGGCACAUAAAGAGGAGUUUCUACCAUGCUCUGCAAUGGAAAAGCACUGGAAUUUCUACAAAGAAUGCAAAGAUUUUGGAUUCUAA